AUGGGCGCAUCACUUGAAGCAGUAUUUAUCGGAGCCAAUAAGCAGGCCAACUCGCUGGACUAUAAUGCAGAACUCGAAGUGACUGCAUUUGGGGCCUCUAGCACGGUUGCACUCUGGAAACCCUUUUCUUCGCAGGGUGUGUAUUCUACAUUGAAAGCUCAUAGCAAAGAAGUUACCGGAGUAAAAUUCGUUCCAGGUUCCAGAUUUUUGGUAAGUUGCUCAGAAGAUGGGCACGUAGUGGUAUGGAGUGUAAAUGAUGACAAAAGGACAUUCACCGAGUUUCAACAGCUAGUGUUGCAUGAAGGUUCAGUUACUGCUGUCGGAACUGCUCCAGGAAUUAUUGCAACCGGGGGUGUAGAUGGUAAAGUUGCUAUAUGGACAUUGCAGGAAGAUAAGUGGACCCUCAAGACAAGUUUUGUAGUUAAAACAGGGUUCUACCCAACAUGUUUGGCUUUGGAAAACGUCUAUGGUGAAUACUUGCUCGCUGUAGGUGGUACCACCAAAGACGUCUAUAUAUACUCAACCGAACAUGAAUUGACGGGCGCAUUGGUUACUUUAAGAGGGCACGAAGAUUGGAUGAAAUGUUUAGCUUGGACUAAAGAUGAGAGUGGUUAUCUCUUAGCAUCUGGAUCUCAAGACAGAUACAUCAGAUUAUGGAGAAUCAGAAAGGAGGUUCCCAAGUCCGAAGAGGACGCAAACAAUUUGGUGCUAUUGGCAAACAAGAAGGAAGUUGUCAAGUUGUCCCCAAGUUCCUCGACAACCAUUGAAGUGUUCUUCGAAGCCCUUAUUAUGGGACACGACGACUGGGUCACUGGCUUGGUUUGGAAUUCAGACCAAAAACAUCUUCUUUCUUGUAGUGCUGACACAGGAUUAAUGAUCUGGGAAAUGGAUACAUUAUCCGGAAUUUGGGUUUGUGUGUCCAGAUUAGGUGAAAUGUCUAUCAAGGGUGCCUCCACUGCAACUGGUUCCUCGGGGGGAUUUUGGUCAUGUCAGUGGAUACAGCAGGGGGACCUGGAAUACAUUUUGGCUAAUGGUAAAACUGGUUCUUACAGAGUUUAUGAAAGAAAACAGGAUGAAACCUCUUGGCAAACUAAAUUGGGGAUAACUGGUCCUACCAAGGAAGUUACAGAUUUGAUAUGGUCACCAAAUAAGAAGUUCUUCUACACAACCUCAUUAGAUCAAACAACAAGACUUUUUGCUUUCUCCAAGGAGAUGGAUAGUUGGAGAGAAUUCGCUAGACCACAAAUACAUGGUUAUGACAUGAUAUGUAUCGAUAAUAUAGACGAUACCAAGUUUGUUUCUGGAGGAGAUGAAAAGAUAUUAAGAGUUUUCGAGAUGACCAACAAUACAGCAGAGUUAUUAGGAGCCAACAAUGUCGACGUGGUGAAGGUACAUGAGCUUCCUGUGAUAGCGAGCUUACCGGUAUUAGGGCUUUCGAACAAGGCAGAUAAUGAAGCCACCGUAAAAGAAGGUAUAGUAGGCGAAAUGAAUGAAGAGAAGGACGACGACGAAAACGACAAGGAAGACGAAAGCAAAGCAGAUGCCGCUGCCCUCGACGAUGAUAAAAUCGAGGUUCCCAUGGAAGAUCAGCUUCAGAGAACUACUUUAUUUCCAGAAAUUGAAAAGCUUUAUGGUCAUGGGUAUGAACUUACCUGUUGCACUACAACAUCUGGAUAUAUUGCAUCUGCUUGUAGAUCGAACAGUGCAAGACAUGCAGUUAUUAGAGUUUUCGAUACUAAAGAUUACCAGAUGUGCCACGUUCUUGAGGGCCACAACUUGACUAUUACCAGCAUGGAAUUUUCACCAAACGGGAAAUAUCUCGUAGCUGUUUCAAGAGAUAGACAAUUGAGUUUGUGGGAUGUUGAUGCAGGCUUUAAGCUUAUUGAAAUUAAGCAAGGUCACAGCAGAAUUAUCUGGGAUUGCUGCUGGUUAGGAAACAGACAUUUCGUCACAGGUUCUAGAGAUAAGCUGAUCAAGUUGUGGAAAGUUGCCGAUGGCGGAGAACAAUUUGAAUUGCUUGCAACUCAAAAAUUUGAGCUGCCUGUAAGCUCCGUUGCAAGCACCCCCGAAGGGGAUGGAAAGAAGUACUAUGUUGCAAUUGGAAUGGAAAAUGGAAUACAAAUUGUUUCAGUAGAUAUAGAAGCUGGAACAUUGAUUGAAUCUAUUAAAUUCGACAAUACUAUAACUCCAUCAGGAAGAAUUUCUAAAUUGGCAUGGGGAGAUGAGAUAGACAGUGGAAAAAGAGUAUUGAGUGUUGGAAGUAACGAUUCGUCUGUAAGAGUAUAUAAUAUAACGAUCUAG